AUGCACGCUCAUCUUCUUGCUGGCAUUUGCCUGGCUGCUGGAGCUCUCGCUGCUCCGUAUAGCGACGGCGCGCAGAACCUUGAAUAUAUCUCAAGCAAUGCAUCAUUACCUAAGGUUGUUGUCUUUGGACCGCUCUCAGCCACCUUAAUGUCAGCAUCCAACUGGAGUCGCCUCGACAACAUCAACUAUGGCCGCGGUGUAGGCCCAACCUUUCCGGAGCUUGUUGCAAAUGUAUCAGAGGUGCUUCAGGUUGCUCAGCUAUCUUAUAUCAGCAUCCCUUCCCCCAGCGGCAGCUCAAACAUAAACUCAUCCACUUUCCUGAACGUAUCGCAGAUCGCAAACAGGCUAGUCUGUUCGCCAGGCUCUGAUAUCGCUGCCGCCGUCAUGAUCCACGGCACGAACACACUUGCGGAGACGGCACUCGGCGUUGACCUGACCUUUCAGUGCAACAAGCCCUUUAUCGUUACUGCUGCCAUGCGUCCCGACACCUACGCUUCUCCGGAUGGCCGUGCAAACUUUUAUCAGGCAGUUGCCGCUGCGGUGUCGCCUGAUACUAUCGGCCGCGGUGGACUAAUCUCCUUAAACGAUCGUCUAACCAGUAUAUACUACUCAACUAAACUGGAUGCCAACACGCCUGACACUUUCAAGUCGCUUGAGCAGGGUAAUGUGGGCGUCUUCCUGGCCGGUCAGCCGUAUUACUACUUUGACCCCGCGCUGCCUACUGGCCGGCCCUACUUCGACAUCAGCAACACAACGGGCCUGCCGAGUGUGAUCACUCUCUAUGGACACCAGGGUUUUGAUGCAUCUCUCAUGUACGCUGCAGUCGCAAAUGGUGCAAAGGGCCUGGUCAUUCUCGGCGCUGGAGCAGCCACGCUCAGCUCUACAGCAACAGCAGCCGCCGCCGAGCUGUAUGCGCGUGGAAUUCCCGUUGUCGCAGCGCCACGAACCUUAACUGGUGCUGGCGUCCCAGGAAUUAGCCCAGGUCCGAUAAUCAAAUCCGGUUACGUCGGAGGUGACCAGGCUCGCGUCAUACUGCAGUUAGCCAUCAAUGCCGGCUACAGUCUCGACCAGAUCCGCGACCUCUUCGAGGGCCCUCUACGAAAGGCUGUCUAUGGUCCCUGGGCUAACCAGCUUUUCUACCGUCUUGUACCAAACCCAGAAGGUGUCUUCUAA